GCGAACGGAGCGGAAACGGAGAGACAGACAGAUACACGCGCACAGAUACAGACAGACCGAGACGCUUCCGCUGCGCUCUUCUGUUGUUUCCGGAGUUCGGAAUCGGUUCCAAUCCCACUUGUACUUGGUUCACUUCUGAGGGAUGUUAGAGGAGUGAGUGCGCUUCACUGGAGGACUUUGUUGUUUUUGGCCGAGAGCUGAAGCUUCUCACCGGGGAAGACGUUUCCUCGCUGAUCCGGGCGGGUGGGAGUGAGUGAUCCGGGAGUGAGUGAUCCGGGCGGGUGGGAGUGAGUGAUCCGGGAGUGAGUGAUCCGGGCGGGUGGGAGUGAGUGAUCCGGGAGUGAGUGAUCCGGGAGUGAGUGAUUCCUGGCUGCGCAGCUCGAGCUGAAAUGGUGCCUGAGAUUAAAGCAGCAGUGAGUUUUCUGGUCAGACUCCUCAGGAGCUCCGGCUUCCUCCCAGACUCACAGCUGCAGGUCUUCAGAGACUGUCUCCAGCAGGCACUGUCAGAGCGCUACAGGCACCACUGGUUCCCAGACAGGCCUCAGAAGGGCUCAGGUUACCGCUGCAUCCGGAUCAACCAUGAGAUGGACCCUCUCCUUGGCGGAGCAGCGAGUCGGGUGGGCCUGAGUGCAGAGCGACUCUUCUCCCUGCUCCCCCGAGAGCUCACGCUGUGGAUUGACCCCUAUGAAGUGUCCUACAGGAUCGGUGAGGACGGCUCCAUCUGCGUCCUGUAUGAAGCCCAGCCCCCGCCGUCCACUCCGGCUUCAUCCUCACUGUUGCCAUUCGACCCUCUGAACUGUAAGAAGGGUUUCCUGCUGAGUGGCAGAACAAGUCCUCCUAAACACUACCUCAUGACUGUGUCGAGUUGAGGGGAUGUGGGGACACCCCUGUGGACAGGACGUUUAAUUUUCCUAAGACUUUCCAUUUCUUGACUUCUUUCUGUUUGCUCUUUAAACCCUUUUUUUUAAUCUAAAGCACUGCCUCAUGUUCCUGUGAUUGGAUGCUGCUCCACUUGCACUGUAGGCGUUUGCUGAUACUCAAGCUCGCUCUCCUGCGAUAAUUGUGUAUCGCAAAUUUUAUGAUCACCAUAUUGUGUGAAGAAAACAACCUUGAGCUGCAAAGGAGCUUCUGCUGCGUCUCAUUCGUCUCAACUUGAUUUACCACAAAGUGUUGCUUAAGUAGGGGCCCUCCUCCCGUGUGGAUUUUUUUUUAUUAUUAUUACAACACUGAGUAUUUGUGAUGUAGCUUGUUAUAUCCACACAUGGGUGACAGUUCAUACUUCAACCUCAAUGGAAAAUGCCCAAAUAUGCUGCCUACUCCAUAGGGUGCCUCCUCGGGGAGGAUGAAAAUGAUGACUUCCAUCCUGUGAUUUUUCGGCACGAGCCUAUCGCACUGAAACGCGAUGCGUGUUAAACAUGUGGUCAGUGAAAUGUGUUGGUGGUAGUUUUACACCAUAUCAGAGCUCGGGGACGGCACUCGGGAGUGCCGUCUCUUAUUGGUGGCAUUAUUUUUAUAAUCGUUAUUGCUGCACAGAGCAGCUGCUUAAAGGGUUCCUAAAGACUUCUGCUGCCUUAAACACUGAACUUUUUUUUCUGCCAAACUCGACUCUUAUCGUGCAAUAUCAAGUGUUCCAGUAAUCUUUUCUUCAUCAAUGUCAUGAAAUGAAUCUCUGUGGAAAAGUAAGCGUGUCCCUGUUGUGCUCCUGUAGCAUUUCUCUCUCUGGGCUGCUGAGCAGCUCUGGGUUUACUGGGUUUAGACAGAGGGACUGUAGUUUGUAAGCUAUUUGAAGCACAGUACGCUUUUAUUGUACCUUUUUUUUUUUUAAUGGAUUUGUGCAUAAUAUAGAGAACUGUACAGUUUUGUGUGAAUUUUUAUCACAAUAAAAGUUUAUAACUGA